AUGGUUUUUGCUGCUCGAUGUGGGCAGGCUGCGGCCCUGCUGCGCCAGCGCUGCCUUGCUGAAACUCGCUCAGCACUCUCCGUGCGCGCAUUCUCCUCCCAGUCCGUCCGCUCGACGGCCUCAACUCUGCGCCUGCAGAAGUUGCCUACGGCUCGCUCCCAGCAGCUCCGUUCUUUCUCCAGCACAUUGAACCGCCUGAACGCCCAGCAACCCCCUGCUGCCGAGUCUUACCUCGCUAGCGGUGCUGUGAAGUCCGGUAGCAACCUUGUCGAUGUCAAGAAGGUCCUUGUCAUUGGCAGUGGUGGUCUUAGCAUUGGACAGGCUGGAGAGUUCGAUUACUCUGGCUCCCAGGCUCUUAAGGCUCUUAAGGAGGCCGGUGUCCACUCGGUCCUGAUCAACCCUAAUAUCGCGACCAUCCAGACUGACCACAAGCUUGCGGAUGAAGUCUACUACCUUCCCGUCACACCCGAAUACGUUACUCACGUCAUUGAGCGCGAGCGUCCCGAUGGAAUUCUCCUUACCUUCGGUGGUCAGACCGGUCUGAACCUGGGUGUGCAGAUGAACCGCAUGGGUAUCUUCGAACGCUACGGUGUCAAGGUCCUCGGUACCAGCAUCAAGACUCUCGAGACUAGUGAGGAUCGUGACCUCUUCGCCCAGGCCUUGAACGAGAUUAACAUCCCUAUCGCUGAAUCGACCGCCGUCGAGACUGUCGAGGAUGCUCUCAAGGCUGCUGAGCAGGUUGGCUACCCCAUUAUCAUUCUCGUCGAGAAGUCCCUCAAGGGCUGGAAGGAGGUUGAGUACGAGGUCGUCCGUGACGCUGCUAACAACUGUAUCACUGUUUGCAACAUGGAGAACUUCGAUCCUCUCGGAAUCCACACCGGUGACAGUAUCGUCGUUGCCCCUAGUCAGACUCUGUCUGAUGAGGAGUACCACAUGCUCCGCACUGCUGCCAUUAAGAUUGUCCGCCACUUGGGCGUCGUUGGCGAGUGCAAUGUCCAGUACGCUCUGCAGCCCGAUGGACUUGACUACCGUGUCAUUGAGGUCAACGCCCGUCUGUCGCGUUCGUCCGCUCUGGCUUCCAAGGCUACCGGUUACCCUCUUGCGUACACUGCGGCUAAGAUUGGUUUGGGACACACUCUUCCCGAGCUCCCUAACGCCGUCACCAAGACUACCACCGCCAACUUCGAGCCCAGUCUGGAUUACGUCGUCACCAAGAUUCCCCGCUGGGAUUUGAGCAAGUUCCAGCACGUCAACCGCGACAUUGGCUCCGCCAUGAAGUCGGUUGGUGAAGUUAUGGCCAUUGGUCGUACCUGGGAGGAGUCUCUGCAGAAGGCUAUCCGUCAGGUCGACCCUCGAUACCUUGGUCUUCAGGGUGACAAGUUCGACGACCUUGAUGAGACUCUGCGUAACCCUACUGACCGCCGCUGGUUGGCAGUUGGUCAGGCUAUGCUCCACGAGAACUACUCUGUUGAGAAGGUUCACGAGUUGACCAAGAUCGAUAAGUGGUUCUUGUACAAGAUCCAGAACAUUGUUGACUGCAACAAUGAGCUCAAGGAGAUCGGCAGCCUCUUCGGUCUUAAGCAGGAGAUCCUGAUGAAGGCCAAGAAGCUCGGUUUCUCCGAUAAGCAGAUCUCUCUGCUUGUUGGAUCUACCGAGGAUGAUGUCCGCGCCCGCCGUAAGUCCUUCGGCAUCACUCCUUGGGUGAAGAAGAUUGAUACCCUGGCUGCCGAGUUCCCUGCCGACACCAACUACCUCUACACCACCUACAACGCCACCUCGCACGACGUGACCUUCGAUGACCACGGAACCAUCAUUCUGGGUAGCGGUGUCUACCGUAUUGGUAGCUCCGUCGAGUUCGAUUGGUGCGCUGUUAACGCCACUCUCUCCCUUCGCCAGAUGGGCAAGAAGACCGUUAUGAUUAACUACAACCCCGAGACCUACUCCACUGACUUCGAUACCGCCGACAAGCUGUACUUCGAGGAGCUCAGCUACGAGCGUGUCAUGGAUAUCUACGAGCUCGAGUCCGCUAGCGGUGUCGUUGUCUCUGUCGGUGGCCAGCUGCCUCAGAACAUUGCCCUCCGUCUCCAGGAGAGUGGUGGUGCUACUAUCCUUGGUACUAACCCUCUGGACAUUGACAAGGCCGAGGACCGUCACAAGUUCUCCUCUAUCCUCGACAGCAUUGGUGUCGAUCAGCCCGCCUGGAAGGAAUUGACCUCCGUCUCUGAUGCCGAGAACUUCGCCGAGACUGUUGGUUACCCCGUCCUGGUUCGUCCCAGUUACGUUCUGUCCGGCGCUGCCAUGAACGUCAUCUACAGUGUCGAUGAGCUCAAGGAGAAGCUCCUCAACGCCGCUGCCGUGUCCCCCGACCACCCCGUCGUUAUCACCAAGUUCAUUGAGGGUGCCGAGGAGAUCGAUGUGGAUGCCGUCGCUUCCAACGGUAAGCUGAUUGUCCACGCCGUUUCCGAGCACGUCGAGCCCGCUGGUGUCCACUCUGGUGAUGCCACUCUCGCUAUCAUGGGCCGCGUCAAGGAGAUCGCCGAGAAGGUCGCCAAGGCCUGGAACAUCACCGGUCCCUUCAACAUGCAGAUCAUCAAGGCCGAUCAGGAGGGUGCCGAGCCCGCCCUCAAGGUCAUUGAGUGCAACCUGCGCGCCUCCCGCUCCUUCCCCUUCGUCAGCAAGGUUUUGGGUACCAACUUCAUCGACGUCGCCACCAAGGCGCUCGUUGGCCGUGAUGUUCCCGAGCCCGUUGACCUCAUGGAGGUCAAGCGUGACUACCUCGCCACCAAGGUUCCCCAGUUCUCCUGGACCCGUCUGGCUGGUGCCGAUCCCUUCCUGGGUGUCGAGAUGUCCUCCACUGGUGAGAUUGCUUGCUUCGGUAAGGAUCUGGUUGAGGCCUACUGGGCUUCCCUCCAGUCCACCAUGAACUUCCGCAUGCCGGAGGCUGGUGAGGGUAUCUUGCUCGGUGGUGACAUCACCCAGCCCUACCUGUCCAAGAUUGUCGAGUACCUGAACCCUCUUGGCUACAAGUUCUUCGCUGUCAACCCCGAGGUCAAGGCUCACCUCGAGUCCGCUGCCAAUGGCACUGUCUCCGUGCAGCUGAUUGAGUUCCCCAAGAAGGACAAGCGUGCUCUCCGUGAGGUCUUCCAGAAGUACGACAUCCGCGGCUGCUUCAACCUUGCCAAGACCCGCGGUAAGACCCAGCUUGAUGAGGACUACGUUAUGCGUCGCAAUGCUGUCGACUUCAGCGUUCCUCUCUUCAUGGAGCCCAAGACUGCCCAGCUCUUCGCUCAGUGCAUGAGCGAGAAGCUGCCCCGUACCGAUGGCAUCCCCUCCGAGGUCCGCACCUGGUCCGAUUUCGUCGGCGGCAAGGCUCUGUAA